AUGCAUGAAGAAAUGGAGUCUGAAACGAGCACGGCUGCAUCAGGAAGCAUUGCAGAGGUCAUGCCGAGGAUGGGUUACACUAUCCUGGCCGUGAUCAUCGGUGUUUUCUCGGUGUGUGGUGUUAUUCUGAACGUGACAGUGAUCACGGUGACUCUCAAAUAUAAACAGCUCCGGCAGCCGCUCAACUUUGCGCUGGUUAAUCUGGCGGUGGCGGAUCUGGGGUGCGCUGUGUUUGGAGGAUUGCCCACUGUAGUGACCAACGCCAUGGGGUACUUCAGCCUGGGCAGAGUCGGCUGUGUGCUGGAGGGCUUCGCUGUGGCCUUCUUCGGAAUCGCGGCUCUGUGUUCGGUGGCCGUCAUUGCAUUGGAGCGCUGCAUGGUGGUCUGCAGGCCCGUGGGCUCCAUCAGCUUCCAGACGAGGCACGCUGUGUUUGGGGUGGCGGUGUCCUGGCUGUGGUCGUUCAUCUGGAACACUCCGCCGCUGUUCGGAUGGGGUCGGUUCGAGCUGGAGGGCGUCCGGACGUCCUGCGCUCCAGACUGGUACAGCAGAGAUCUGGCCAACGUCUCCUUCAUCGUCUGCUACUUCCUGCUGUGCUUCGCCCUGCCCUUCUCCGUCAUCGUCUACUCAUACACUCGCCUGCUCUGGACCCUGCGGCAGGUGAGUCGUCUGCAGGUGUGUGAGGGUGGCAGCGCGGCGCGGGCAGAGGCGCAGGUGUCCUGUAUGGUGGUGGUGAUGAUCUUGGCCUUCCUCCUGACCUGGCUGCCGUACGCCUCCUUCGCCCUGUGUGUGAUCCUGAUCCCAGAGCUGUACAUCGACCCCGUGAUCGCCACCGUGCCCAUGUACCUGACCAAGAGCAGCACCGUCUUCAACCCCAUCAUCUACAUCUUCAUGAACAGACAGUUCAGGGAUCGAGCGCUGCCUUUCCUUCUAUGCGGCAGAAACCCGUGGGCUGCUGAAGCUGAAGAAGAAGAAGAAGAAACUACAGUAUCAUCCGUCAGCCGGAGCACCAGCGUCUCUCCUGCAUGA